CGCGGAAAAGACUUCGACCGAGUAACAGCGCGUCCCCGCAGCUGCACGGCGCUAAUUUAGAUAGUUUGACUAACCAAGAAAUCUUCCUCCUCCUCCUCCUCCUCCUCCUUUGGGAAUUAAUACAUGUUAUUGCACACGUAUGGACGACGGAUAGUGGAGCAUUUGCGGACUUGGAGUUUACAGUUUUCCUGACUUGUUGGAAGCUUAUAAAGCGGGUUCCGGUGGCGAUAUAUGUUUUUUUUUUUUUUUUUUCUGUCAGGAAGUUUGACGUAAUUCAGAUUAUUUCUUACUUUGUUUGGGUUGGUGAAAGUUGUGGACUACCUCUGGCUACAAGAAACAGCGAGACAACUCUGACUCUGUCGUUGGAAGAAACAAAAAAAAAAAAAAAAAAAACUGCUUGUUGUGUGUUUGUUUUUCUUUUAACCCUGGAUCUCUUAUGAAUUCUCCAGGAACCGUCAUUUAGUGUAGUUUAGUGUAAACACCGAUGGAGUUUGAUUUCUCUUGACAUGACAAAUCGAGUGGAUGUGUUUAAUAACCGUAUGCAGGUAGUGUUUUUACCUCCUGGUGUCAUUUCACUCAGUUUUCUUGAACUCCAUCAUGUCUUUACGCACUGAAUCAAACUCCUCUGUGCUGUUGUUAUAGGCCACAGAUGGGCCUUCGUGUUGUUGUCUUAUGUGCUUGUGUUUAUGUCCCCAUUUAACAUGCAAUCCGGUGCAUUGUGUGCAAUGCAGUCAUAAACGCGCACAUAUCUCCAGCCCGGGCUAUUUUGGACUCCAACCUGGCAACACAGUGAAGGAAAAUCUGCAAACUUAGCAGGAAGAGAGGCCAUCAAAAUCACGGAAAUCGUACGGGUCUUUUUUUUUUUUUUUUCCUCCUCUGGCGAGCUGAUACUCACAAAUGGAUUUCAUACAGGCCACACGGUUAUUGUUACACCUUGUUUAGGUAGGGGGGCUCUUUUUUUUUUUUUUUUUUUUUUAUCAUUAUAGGGGAAACAGCUCCACGCGUUGUUGUUGAAUGUGACCUCUGAAAAUGUUUUGGAAAUGUAAGUUUUCCAAAAAGAAAAAGAAGAAUCCAGAGGCUGCAGGGGGGGCGGGGGGGGAGCACAGAUGGAGCAGUCUGAUGUAGGAUUUUCCAUCGGAACUAUUUCUCUUUAAAAAAAAAAAAAAAAAAACUCACAGCUGUCUGGUGCGUGUUUUGUUGUUUUUCUACAACCUGGAAAAAGUGUCCCUUAGUGUGUGUGUGUGUGUGUGUGUGUGUGGCUGCUUUCAUUUUUUUCCGCUGAAAAAGAAGAGCCCCUGUUACCUGGGGGGGUCAGCCCCGCCAUGGCGCCCCCACAUUCACGCACACUCCCCGGGGUCGUGGUCUGACUGAGGCACCGAUGGACGUGAGCUACGGCUGGACCUACUGCGUCAUCUCUGCCGCGAGACACCGGUGACCGGAGUCGGCUCCACGAGAGAGAGAGAGAGAGAGAGAGAGGGGGGAGGGGAGAAGCCCCCAGGUGUUGUCCCGACCAAGGUCGUCAAGGCGACAGGCUGCGGGUGGGUUGGCACAGCAGAGGCACAUUUCUAAAGACCAGACCACAUACGCAAACAUCGUUACAAUGAAUGAGAGGCAGGCUCUCCACUCUAUAAUGAAGGACCUGGUUGCCCUCCAAAUGACGCGGCGCCAGCCUGUGUUGUCGUAUGACAGCGGCAAGCCCAAGACACCAGCCCAGGCCAACAGACAGGACGAUGUCAGGAUGAAGUUUGAAUUCUCAGGAGAGAGGAGGAUCCUGAUGUUUGGACGACCUGUGCAGUUCGAGGAAAUCCAGCAGAAAGUCAAGACUGUCUUUGGCCAGCAGUUAGACCUGCAUUAUAUGAACAAUGAGUUGUCCAUCCCUCUGCGAGAUCAGGAUGACCUGGACAAAGCAAUCGACCUGCUGGACAGAAGCUCCAACAUGAAGAGCAUCAGGAUUCUGCUGCUCACACAGGAAAACAGCAAUGCCUCCUCCCCCUCCCAUCAUGUGCCGUGUAAGCAAGUGAGGAUCAAAUCCGCCCAGUCCACGGGAGAUGUUAGCACGGUGUAUCAAUCCUCCGAGCCCAGGGGGCGCCACUUAUCAACUGGUUCUCAGAACACGGGGCGUAGCUCGCCGCCCCCUGGUUAUGUGCCUGAACGCCAGCAGAGGAUCGCCCGCCAAGGUUCAUACACCAGCAUAAACAGCGAGGGGGAGUUCAUCCCAGAGACCAACGAUCAGUGUGUGCUGGAUCCUUGGAGCAGUGCAGAAAACUCUGUCUCUGGAAGCUGUCAGUCUCUGGACAGCAACUCAGACAGCCCCUCACUGAGGAAGUCUCGCAUGCACAGAGCCAAGAGUUACCCCGAUAAUCGUCAGGAGUGCUCAGACAGGGAGAAUCAUGUGUAUGACAGGGUAGCGGGGAAAGGAGGCACCUAUCCCCGCAGAUAUCAUGUCUCCCUGCAUCAUAAGGACCACAGUGAAGGCCGUCGAACCUUUCCACGGAUUCGCCGCCCCCAGGGGAACCUCUUUACUCUGGUGCCCUCACGGAGGUCGCUCAACGGCAGCGAGGAGAGUCUGGGCAGCUGGCAGCUGGUCGAUGCUCAGGGAAGGCUCCGUCCCCAAGAUCGCUCUGUCGCCCAUAAGUCACCCAGUGCUCCCAUGACGUGGCGACGGGGGAAGCUUCUGGGCCAGGGAGCGUUCGGUCGGGUUUACCUGUGUUACGAUGUGGAUACUGGGAGGGAGCUGGCUGCCAAGCAGGUCCAGUUUGAUCCUGAGAGUCCUGAGACCAGCAAGGAGGUCAGCGCUUUGGAGUGCGAAAUCCAGUUGCUGAAAAAUCUGCAUCACGAGCGCAUUGUUCAGUACUACGGCUGUCUGAGGGACCACAAUGAGAAGACCCUCACUAUUUUCAUGGAGUACAUGCCGGGGGGUUCAGUCAAAGACCAGCUGAAGGCCUAUGGGGCGCUGACAGAAAAUGUGACCCGGAAGUACACAAGACAGAUCCUGGAGGGCAUGUCCUAUCUGCACAGCAACAUGAUUGUACACCGGGACAUCAAAGGUGCCAACAUCCUGCGGGAUUCAGAGGGCAAUGUGAAGCUUGGAGAUUUCGGUGCCAGCAAGAGGCUCCAGACCAUCUGCAUGUCUGGCACCGGCAUCCGCUCUGUGACCGGCACCCCCUACUGGAUGAGCCCGGAAGUGAUCAGUGGAGAGGGCUACGGCAGGAAGGCUGAUGUCUGGAGCCUUGGAUGUACGGUGGUGGAGAUGCUGACAGAAAAGCCUCCAUGGGCUGAAUACGAGGCCAUGGCGGCCAUAUUCAAGAUCGCCACCCAGCCCACCAACCCACUGCUGCCCUCGCACACCUCCGACCAGGCUCGGGACUUCAUGAGCUGCAUUUUUGUGGAGGCCAAACACAGGCCCAGUGCUGAGGAGCUGCUCAGACAUCCCUUCUCCCAGAUUCUGUGCUGAAACCUGCCUGGUUUCUGAACUUAACGCACAGAGUGGCACAGUAGCCUCAGCAGUAUCUGUAGCUUCCUCGAAACCCCUCCAUAGCAGAAAUCUGGACAAAGAACUGGUCUAGAAGUUGGUAUUAAACCCUCUGCCACCAUUCAGAUGCUUCAAGAUGAUUUAUGCUCCUCUCACAAAUCCAAAUAACAGACAGUUGGACAACAGGAGUCAUCAAUGUCUUGAAAACCAAUGCCAGUACAUGCUCUUACAAGAGUUGCCACCAGGGGGAAACAAAACACAGAUUAAGUAUCUGGUAGGCUGCUGUUCCUUCUCAGAUAUACACAGAUACACACACACACACACACACACACACACACACACACACACACACACACACACACACAAAACACAAAUGAUGCACUGCAAAGCAGCAUCAUUCAUGUCACACCAGUUGUGUCUUCAUAAAGGCUCCUCUUUUGUGUUUACAUUCACUUGUUGGGCAGUCAUGAGAAAUGCCAGAAAGCCCUCAAGUGUUUGACCUUUAAACAUUUAGCCGAGUACUAUUUUAAAGCUACAGCAGGCCUAAAGCUCAAGUUUGCCCAGCAAAUGUUGAACACCACUCAUACACAACAGUGUUAAUGGAAAAGCAUUGUUCUCUUUUGUUUUCCCACCUUAUCUCUGUCAUGCAUUAAACAAAAAAACUCCACCCUUAACCCUAUAACUCUGUUAAAAGCUAUUUGUGAUGCACUUUGCAUUUCUGACCACAUGGUUGUGUAUUAGGUGAUACACAGCUGAGGUGAUGCAGCAUAACGUCCAACAUCAAUAUAAGAUAGACACAGACUUGUUUUGGUUUCAGCCCGUCAGAAUUAAGACACUUUUUGACGUAAUAAUAAGAGCUAAAUACACACAUUUCUCCACUAACACUACCAUAGACCAUGAUGCACGGCAGCUACAAGCCCCAGUUUGUACCUCUGAUGUAUUAGUGUCAGGUCACAGUGGCAAGAAUCUGUGUCUCUGAAAAAUAAAUGUGGAUGAAGAAAGUAAUGUAAACACUGUUGCACUGUUGUUGUUCUGAGGGUAUUUCCAAAACCCUCAAAGAGUCUUCUAAUCAUCUGGAUGAAUAGAAACAUUCAGUGCAACAAAAAGGAUUUUUAACAUGUUACUCAAGUUGCAGCUGUAGAAAAAUAUAACCGAUGACAACAUGUUUUCAAUUUUGUUCACAUUGUAUAAAUUCAGCAAGGCCAUUCAGACUACCGUCUUUUUUUCUUUGGAAUAGGAAACAGAGAUGCAACUUGAGAAACUGGUCGAAUUGAGUAUUUGUUUUUGAGGACUCUGGAAACCCUUAGAGCUGCAGUAAGUUCUGUUGAAUGACCUGCUGGGUUUUUGUAAAGAUUUAUAUUUAUUUUUGAGAGAAACAAAUGUAAAUGUGACUUGAAUGUAGUUGUAAUACACGAGAUGCACAAACUGGGGCUUUGCAGCUACGAUACCUGAUCUAAUUCAGAGAUAAGACUCCUAAUUUUUCUCAAAAACCCUCCCUCGACUAUCGUUAUCACUAUUGCUGUCCUUCUACGUAUAAAGCUAACUAGUUCAGUCUGCUGCCUCAAUGCAUUCAGGGCAAUUAAAAGAAUCAGCACAUUUCAGUACUAUCUAGUUAUUUGAAUCGAAUAAUCCGCUCAUAUUAAAUCAUGAGUAGGACAUACAACAACAACUGUAGCUGAGGGAUUUUUCUUUCUAAAUCAAAGUCUUCUUCUACCGUUCGCCUCAGUGUGACUUCUUCCAUCCUCAUCCUGUAGCUCUUCAGUAUCACAGGUGUUUUCUGCCAACAAAGUGCCAAAAAAAGAGGCAGAUAAAAUAUCAUGCUGUGGUGUCAGUUGGUGAGUGAAAGUGAAGCAGAUUAUGUUUUUUUUUAUGGUUUGAAAACUAAAGGCCUUAAUUUGGAAGUGAUUUUUCGUUAAUGUUCCUGUUAAUGUGUGUCUGGCCCAAACAUCCCUGACUGAGAAGCCUUAGCUUAAGGAUCAAUUUAAAUUCAGAUGCACUUUUAUGUAAAAUGAAUGUUGUGGGGGUUUUUUUGUUCUCUUUACCAAAUUUGAUUGAUUGUUUUUUUUUUUUUUUUUUACUUAAAAUGUGAAUUUUUGUUUUAAUUUUUAUUUAUAUCCCCAUGUCCAUUCCAAUUAGAUUUUAUAAGCAAAUAUAUAUGUAUAAAUAUAUUUUUUAUAUUUAGACUGUGUCAAAUCUAAUGAUACUUUCAGGACAUUGUGCCGUUAAAAGUAAAGCAUUGAAAGCAGCUGGUUUUGCAGACAUUACAGAAUUUGGGGUUUAUAAAUGAAAAAUGGGUGGAAAACUAACUCUGGCUGCCUGGUUCUUGUUGCAGCUCAAAAAAAAACUUUCCACACAUCCUUAGCUAUACAUUUAGAUGACAGUAUUACCUGACAGGUUACGGAAACCUUGCAUCAUUUGGCCGCAUCAACAAGGUCUCAUGAAUGAAACAUUUAAAGGCUUAGCUUAUAAAAGUAACUGCACAUGAGUGCGUGAUCUCAGUGUUACUGUAAUUUAAUUAAAGGGUGUGUGUGAGCCAAAGACGAGCAGAAUCGGAGCCAGUGCUGGAUUUCGGAGUUCCCUUUUCAACCCAGACGACGACUUUGUUUAUCCCAGGGUUCAGACAACAAGUCCAGUAUUGAGUGAUUUUCUGGGCAAAGGGCUUACUGCUGCCUUAAGACUAAUAUGAGAACUUUCUAUGGGGCUGCUACGAGUUAAAGGCAGCUAAAAUAUGUUCAGUGUUGAAAAUAAUGCAUUUUUAAUUAAAAACAAAGUGAGAUAAAGAACCCUGUGGUAAGCAAAUGAAUACAACUUAGUUUAGAGAUCUAUUAUGUAAAUGUAUGAUUAUAUAUCAUGACAGGACUUGCAGUGCAAAGUCUAAUGUAUCAAAUUUAUUUUACAGCAAGAAAAGAAUAGUAUGUUUGAUGACAGUGUUUAUAUAUAUAUAUAUAUAUAUAUAUAUAUAAUGAUUUACUUUUAUAUAUAUUAUAUAUAUAUAUAUGUCAUGCCCUCUUUCCAAAAUAAAUAAAUUGUUUUUAAAAAA